AUGGACACUGUCAUCCCUGAACAGACGGACACUGCCAUCUCUGAACAGACGGACACUGUCAUCCCUGAACAGACGGACAUUGCCAUCUCUGAACAGACUGACACUGUCAUCCCUGAACAGACGGACACUGUCAUCCCUGAACACACUGACACUGUCAUCCCGAAACAGACGGACACUGCCAUCUCUGAACAGACGGACACUGUCAUCCCUGAACAGACGGACAUUGCCAUCUCUGAACAGACUGACACUGUCAUCCCUGAACAGACGGACACUGUCAUCCCUGAACAGACUGACACUGUCAUCCCUGAACAGACGGACACUGCCAUCCCUGACCACAUUCCUGACCAUACUGAAGCUGUAAUCCCUAACCAGAUGGACACUAUCAUCCCAGAGCAAACGGACACUGUCAUCCCAAAAGGACCAGACACCAACAGUACUUACAAGACAAAAAUAACCCCAGUCCCCGAUAUAUGGGCCUGUUUUUAG